AUGGCGAGCCCCCGCGGGAGACAGCCCCAUCCUCUCACCACAUCCUCCGUCCCGAGGCCGGCCCGCCAGCGCCCUGCAGGGGAAGAGGCGGAGAGGGGCCGGGCGAGUCCCCCUUGCCGAGGAACCAGCGCGCAGGUGGACGCGGCGGAGCCGAGCCGAGCCGAGCGGCGGGGCGGCCUCGGACCGGCCGCGGCCGAGUCCCACCGGGACCCCCGCGGCGCCCACCGGCCGCCCACCCCCGGCAGCCUCCCUUCUCCUCUCGGAGAUACUGACGGGCGAGAGUUGCUUCUCAGAAAAACGGUAAAACCGUGGAAAGGGGAGAAGCCGCGGGCUGCCGCAGAAGCGGAGCGGGGCCAAGGGCAGCGGAGGCACGGCACGGCCCGGGGGCGCCGGCUCCCUCCCCGCCCGGGAGGGACGCGCUGCCCCGGGGAGGGCGGCCGGGAGGCAGCGGCCACUUACCGCCGGGGCGCCCCCCCUCACUCACUUGCUCAGGCGAGGACUCAUCGGGACGGGGCGAGGCAGCGCGGCGCGGAACUGCGGCGCCCCAUGCCCGGCGUCGCGGGCGCUGCCUCUGGCGGGGCGCUGAGGGGAAGGUCCCGGCGGUCGCCCCCGCCGCCUCCCUCCGCCCCUCCCGCACCGCUCCACCGAGUCCGGCGGCGGCGGCCAGCGGCACCCACACCGCCGCGCAUGCGCCGCCGCCCGCCCCUGCCUCGCGGCGGGUCCUAG